UUUAACGGCAGUGUCGACACUGUCGACUCGUUUGUGUUUGUGUGUGUGGUGAUCGGUGGAAGUGGCGGAAGUGUACUAAUCUACUUCGAUAUUAAUAUUUAUCACCGGUUAACCGUUAAUUGACUGCCUUUUCAGUCACGAAUUUGUGUCUGGAAUUUUGGAUGCGUGGGCUGUGCUGGUGCGUUUGCUUCAAGAUUAUUCAAUAGACGGCCGCCGUGUUUUGUUUACCCGCCCACAGAAGACGUCGUUGCUCUUGGUCCAGAGUUCCAGGCAUCGCCACGACUCGAUAAGGAAGUGGGUGGUGGAGUUUGCAUUCACCACGUGCAAGUCCUUGUCAACUUUGUGCUCCAAUCUGCAUUCCACGAGUUCGAUUGACUUGACUUGCACUUCAUUGAUGACACGCCUAGUUCCUCGUUCCGUCUUCGAAUCACACUGUCUAUCGCCGGUAAUACAUAUUCACGGAAAUGUGUUUUUCCUCCAAGAAGCUGCGUUUUAUCAGUACAUUUCGGAUUGAGAAUUGACUUCUCAGUUACGAGCUUAUGUCAAAAAACAUUUUUGGAGACAAUUUCGUUGUAUCUGUGAGACAAAACUGCUCAAAAAUAUGGAUAAUUACGGAGCCGAUGGAAGUGGAGAUGGAAAUAAUAGUAACCGAGGUGCAGGUCGUGGACGAGGACGUGGUUCCUGGGCCUCUGGAAGGCAAGAACCUCAUUUUUUGAGGAGGCCACAUAGUGCUGCACCAGCUCCAGCAACAGAGAAUGCAGGUGUUGCAGAAGUGGUGAAAAAUUCGAAACUCUCGGCAGAGGCUGCAGAAUUUGUUCCUCAGAGCUUCAGUCCCGCACCUGCACCUCAGGCGCAGCCACAAGGAUGGGUUCGUCAUUCAAUUCAAGAUCGUCUGCAAAUUGUCCGACAGGGCCAGUCUCUAGGUCAACGACAUCAAGGAUCUCAUGGCAUGCAUCAGCAGCACAUGCAGUACGUAAUUCAGCAGCCACACGGUCAACAAAUGUACCAGCAAUAUGGUGAAAUGCCACAAUACCAAGGCUAUAACCAGCAGCAAGGUGGUCAGGACUUUGGCUAUUAUGAUGGAGGAUCUGGAGAUUAUUCUGAUAAACAUCAGUCAUCCAGAAGGGAGACAAACAAUCAUUCUUCAGAUUAUGAAGGAACAUUGCGACAUCUUGAUCAUGUAAUGAAAUCGCUCACUAUGAAUCCAGGACGAUUUGAUGCAUUAGUAACCCGCAUUGUCAAUAGCGUAAAACCAUACCUCGAUCAGCCUAGUCAGUCUCAACAAAUCGCUUCAAUGAUCAUCCAACAGUCAAUCAACGAGACGAAUUUCCGGUAUAGCGGUGCGAGGCUUUGCACGAGUCUUGUAGCUGCUACGUCAACUUCCAUUUUUAAAGACACUUUGCUAACUCGGUGUCAAGAACAAACUCAGUCAUUCUCAUCUGCUUGGCAAGAAACAACCAAGCACUCUGAUGACGAGGAGAAAAAGUGUCACGGAAUGAUAUUAUUCCUUGCGGAACUGGUGAUUCAGAUGGAAUCCUCAAUUGCAGUUGCAUUAGGAAAAUUAUUAGUGCAACUAAUAUCCGCUGUUUUGCAAAGUCCAGCUCAAAAUUCCGCAAAAAAUAUCUGCCAAGCUCUCAAGUUAGCUGGUCAAACUUUGGAGAGCGACAGCAGCAGUAAGAAGGACAUGGAACAGGUGAUGCAGAAAUUGACGAAGCUCGUAACAGAAGGUCGUGUCGAUUCUCACGUAGGUCGAAUGGUUCAAGGCGUGAACAAUCUUCGGAGUGAGAAUUGGGGAAAUUCGGUAAAAACUGAGCCGGAUACAAAUUCUACCUCUACAACUCCACAAUCUGACGAACCAGUUUUUUACGGUCCCGAUGGAACUGUUCUCUCUGCCGAGGAAAGCAAAUUCUUGCAGGAUUUAGCAGAGGCAAACCCGGAAAUUGAAGAGGAUACCGAGCUUGAGAACGAAGCUGAUAAGUGGGAGGAUGAAGAGGAGGAAAUAAUUGUGACAGCAGCUUUCGAAGAGUUUUUAAAUUUAAGCAAUAGGCGAUAGUUCACUCGUACACACAACGCAUAAUUUAUUUUCUACAGACGUAAAAGGAAAUUGCUCAUUUCUACAGGAAAAUUAAUUAUACAUGCAUACAGGCAUCUUUUGUUAAUUUUUUUUUAUUUUUUAUUUGAGACAUAACACGAAUGUAGUAUUGUAAGGCAGGUUAGGCGUAUUAAAGAUGUCUAUCUAUACAUAUAUUGUACGUAUAAUUAUAUGGGAGACAAUGGGUGGUUAAUUUGAGGCACUUACGGUAGUUUUUCUCCUGCCAAAAGUCAGAUAUCUGACAAAAAAUAGGUUUUCUAUCAUUUUAGGAAUGAAAAUAUUCUAACUGAUGGCAUUUUAAAUGAAAAAAAAA